UCGUCGGCAGUGGAGAAGCAAAAGAGUGAAGGUGGAUGGCUAGCGAAUACAGUGUCCCCACUCCUCACGCGCACCUCCUUUAAAACUUCCGCUUCUGCAAAUCAAAGCAGCUGGCUUUUGUCCGUGACGUGAUCCCUACCACCAAAUAACCAAGCCAAUUCUUUUUUUUUUUUUUUUUUAAUUUUUUCCUUCGUUUUCGCUCGAAAUCCUUAUCUAAAAAAAACUCACCUUUUUUCUUUUUAUAUUAUUUCAUUUUCUUUUAAUUAGAAAACUCAGAUUUUCCCAACCUUUAGAAAAUUACUAUUAAAAGAAAAGAAAUGGAAAUGAGAAUCUGAAGGCAGUAAGGCACCGAUUAUUUUUAUUUUUUUGGAAAUAUGUGGCAUUUUUCUGCUGAAGAAUUAAGCGCUUGCUUUUGCCGACAGAUCGUUACUCAUUUCUAGGUUUUCUUGAUUAAAUCCGUUCUCAAAUGCACGGCCUAAGCCGCCUCGGCACCGGCAAUAACCGUUCGGUCUCCUCUUCACCGCCUACCUCGCCGCGGUUCCGCCGCGGACGUUACAAGAACAUUUCAGGUGGUGGUGGCGGAGGUGGACGUGGCGGGAAGCAGAGCGCGGCGGAUAAGAUAGUGUUCGUGUUGAUAUCCGCGGUGUUUCGAAGAAAAGGCAUGCUGUUGUUUGCACCGUUAUUGUAUAUUUCGGGAAUGUUGUUGUACAUGGGGUCGUUAGGUUUCGAUGUUGUGAGCUUGAAAAAUGCGGUUGUUGUUGUUCGUAGGCGUUUGCCGCCUGGCUCCGUUUACCGUAGUCCUCAGCUUUUUCAGAAUCUUUGGCCGUUUAUGGAGGCUGAUAGCAAUGCCAGUUACAAUGCGUUGAUGGCAACAUGGAAUAUGAAAAUGCAUCAAGGUUGGAAGCCAUGUGUCAACUCCAUUAUUUCUAAAACAGGUUUUUCAGAAUUGCCAAAGUCUAAUGGUUUCCUUAUAAUUGAAGCGAAUGGUGGCUUGAAUCAACAACGCUUAUCGAUAUGUGAUGCAGUGGCAGUUGCAUGGCUGCUAAAUGCAACUCUUGUCAUCCCAAUAUUUCAUUUAAACAGUGUUUGGCGAGAUUCCAGCAAGUUUGGAGAUAUAUUUGACGAAGAAUUCUUUAUACAUGCACUUAGAAAUCAUGUGAAUGUAGUCAGAGAGCUCCCUGCAGAUGUACUUAAGAGGUUUGACAAUAACAUUAGCAAUAUUGUUAAUUUGAGAGUAAAAGGUUGGUCGAGUCCGGCCCAUUAUCUCCAGAAGGUUCUUCCGAAACUAGAGGCAAUGGGGGCCGUUCGCAUUGCACCCUUUUCUAACAGGUUGGCGUAUUCAGUGCCUCCAACCAUACAAGGGCUUAGAUGCUUAUCCAAUUUUGAAGCCCUGAGGUUUUCAGAACCUAUAAAGACUCUUGCUGAUAAAAUGGUUGAGAGGAUGGUCAAGAAUAGCUCCCAUAGUGGAGGAAAAUAUGUUUCAGUGCAUCUUCGGUUUGAAAUGGAUAUGGUCGCAUUUUCAUGCUGUGAAUAUGAUGGCGGGGAAGAAGAGAGACAUGAGAUGGAUAUUGCGCGAGAAAAAAGUUGGAGAGGAAAAUUUAGGCGAAGGGGCAGAGUUAUAAGGCCAAGUGCAAAUCGUAUGGAUGGAAAAUGCCCUUUAACUCCUUUGGAGGUGGGAAUGAUGCUUAGGGGCAUGGGUUUCGAUAAAAAUACAUCAAUAUUUGUUGCUGCAGGAAAUAUUUACAAAGCAGAAAAAUACAUGGCUCCUCUUAAACAGAUGUUUCCACUUCUAGAAACAAAGGAUACACUGGCUACUCCAGAAGAACUUGCUACAUUCAAGGGCCACUCAUCUAGGUUGGCAGCACUUGACUACACGGUUUGCCUUCACAGUGAAGUAUUUGUCACGACACAAGGUGGAAACUUCCCCCAUUUCUUAAUGGGUCACAGACGCUAUUUAUAUGGAGGACAUGCGAAAACAAUUAAGCCUGACAAGAGGAAAUUAGCACUGCUAUUUGAUAGCCCUCAUAUCAGGUGGGAAACUUUCAAACGGCAGAUGAAAGAUAUGCUUCGCCAUAGUGAUAUGAAGGGAAGUGAAUUGAAGAAACCCAGCGGUUCAGUCUACACAUUUCCCAUGCCAGAUUGCAUGUGUAAACAAACAGAAGCAAUAAAUGAAAUCGGUAACACAACGAAUCUGGAUUAAGAUUUUCCACAACCUGUAACUUAUAGUGUAUCAUGCAAUCAAGUUCUAUAGUUCUACGUGAUUAAUUCUUUUGAUUUGUUUAGGUAAUAGUUUCAGGUUUUGAUUCUUUUAAGAUUCAAAUUUUUUUCAUCAUAAUUUAGCACACUGUAAAAUCGGUUGUAUAUGACACAAUAACAGUUUAUUGGAACUCCCAUAUUCAUCUUGCAUUA